GUUUCAAUUUCUAAUUCUCCUCUGUUUGAGUAUCGGCUCCUGCACCACUUUGUAAUAAUCCAAUAUAAGUGUAACCUUGUUCACAAAUUAACCUUCUUGUUUUUGUGCAUGGUUCAUCUUACUUAGCGUCACUAUGCCUAUGUACCAAAUAAGGUUAUUUAUACAGGUAGUCUAUACAACAAGAAUCUUCCCUCUUCAACCUUUUUAUCUAUUCAAGAUGAAGAAGUGUUUCUUCAACAGAGGCUCCUGAGUCUCUAUCUCCUGCGAGCAAUGGGAAACUGCCUUAGGAAACAUAGCCAAGAUCCUAAUCAACCUGUUCCCAUUGCUGAACUAUCAGCUAGUUUGUCUUCCAUUUCCUCUUUUCCUUUCUUGAAUUGGAUAUGAAAAUUAUUCCUAAUGUUGUUUGUGAUUUCUCUUCUGCUUCUGCAGCAAAGCAUAUUAGGGAUGCAAUUCAUGCUUGGUUCUCUAAGGACUCCCAGGGAUUGGCCAGCUUCAAAAAACAGGAAUAGAAUAAUUCCUCCCAGCAAUCUCAACAGCUUUGGUUACAAUGAUCUGUAUAAUGCCACCCAGGAUUUUGGUUUACGAGUACGUGUCCAAGGGAAGUUCGGAGGCGCAUCUCUUGAGUGGUUAAAAAAGAGACGUGGUACAGAGCUAAACUGGAGCAAAAGAAUCAAGAUUGCUAUCGGGGCAACCAGGGCGUUAGAUUAUCUUCACCAUGCUCAUUCGAAGCCAGUUAUUCAUCGUGAUCUCAAGGCCUCAAAUGUUCUUUUGGAUGCCGAUUUCAAUCCCAAGUUAUCAGACUUUGGACUGGCGAAGUUUGGACCUGGGGAAGGCAAAUCAUAGACAACUUCAAGCUUCCUUGGCACCAGAGGAUAUUUUGCUCUUGAAUACUUUACUCCUGGUAUCAUCUCAUAACUCUAAACUGGAAUUCGAUAGUUAGAUCUGAUGUAGGGAGCUUCGGCAUGGUACUUCUGGAGACACUUUCGGGUUCUGCUGCCGUAAGGAUGCUCUCAGACGGCAGAGCAGGGGACC